AUGUCGGCGUACUUCGGGGGACUUUGGAACGCUUCCUUUGGGCGCUGCUCCAAGUCUGUCAAACAGCAAGACAGGCUUCAUGAGGAUAUCGCAGAGCUUAGAGGUGAACUAAAGGCCUUGGCCACGGAACUUCGUCAAGCACCACGGGGAGCAAAGGAUGCGACAACGACACGGGGUGCAAGCUUUGUGUCAGAGUCGGUGCCCGUGGGUGCUGCUGACGUCACCGCAGCCGCGGCUGCUGGAGCUCCAAAUCCCUUCUCGGAAGGUGUACCGGGUUCUGCCCUAGCAGUUCCGGCGAACGAGAUUGUGGCACACGUCUGGCCGCAAGUGUCCCACUGGGCGACCGAAUUCCUGCUGAAGGAGGUCGAUCCCGCACUACGAGCAGCACUUCCUUCGCAUUUGAGCGCACAGAUGGAUCCGAACCGCUCGCAUUUGGGCCACGAACCCGUUCAAUUUUCCAGCAUCAAGAUCUUUGAUCGAAAGGAAUGGACUCCCGAUGGCUUCUGUGACAACAUCGUGUUCCGGUGCAGGAUGGAGUGGCAUGGGGACCCAUCCAUUUUCUUGCAGAUGGCUGGCACAGCAGCUGGCGUUCAAGGUGUGGUUUUGAAGGGCCAUCUUUUGGUAGAGUUGGUCCACAUGCUUCCAUACCCGCCCAUGUUCAAAGGAGUAAGACUGUUCUUUUUGGACCCGCCGACCUUGGAUUUAACCUUCUCUGGGGUUGGCAGCGAUGUGUUGAAUGUGAGCGCCAUCAACCGCCGCAUCAUCGACGUUUUCCAAAGUGAGCUUUCCUGCAGAGUGGUUGCUCCCAAAUUCAUGGGCUUCAAGAUGGUGAACACGGACAUUUUUGCGAUUACAAGCCCUGCACCUGAAGGCAUUUUGCGCGUGACCGUUUGGAAUGCCAUCGACUUGCUGCCUAUGGAUGUGAGUUUCUUUGGGAAGGGCACAUCGGACCCCUAUGUCAAGAUCCGCUGCGGCGCACACGUGUUGAAGUCCGAAACAUGUUGGAAGACCUUGUCUCCGGAGUUCAACUUCGUGGCGUCCAUGCCUAUUUCCUCCUUGCACGACCAGAACAUUUGGAUUGAAGUCUAUGAUCAGGACCUCAUCACGCGGGAUGAUUUCCUGGGAAAAGUGAGCCUUCCUGUGGACUUGCUCGCCACAUGGGGUCGACAGAAGAAGGUCACCGUGCAAUUGCGCAAUGACGCAGGGGAGAAGGGUAAGAAUGGCAGUGUCUGCUUGAGCGCGGAGUGGCAACCUUUGGUGAGUAGCAGUGAGCUGCAUCACAGUGGUAUCAUUGAUGUGGGAGUUUACUCGGCCUUGAAUGUUCCUCCUCUUGGUCCGUAUGCAAGGUAUUGGAUCAGUGCCACUUGCACUCAGCUCAUGCCCUGCAGCACCUCUGAACCUCAGUGCACUGAGCAACAGUACGGCGUCAAGGUGCACGAUCGCGCGGAAGUGGACGAUGGCGACGUGCCAUUGCUUCACCGUAUGAAGGAGAAGAAGGAGAUUCUGCAGAAGAAGGGUUUCAGCCAUCGAGAGAUCUGUGAGAUACUGGACCUGGACCCUGCGGAAACGGAUCUCGAGAAUUUCGAACCGGAAAAGCUCACCGGCAUUCACGUAGCCCGAUGGAGAAGAUCAGUGCAAUUCCUAUCCAAGAAGGCGGACGAUGCUGAAAUCACCUUGACCCUCAUGGCACAGGGCAAUGGCCAACCCAAACCAAUGGAACUGGGCAGUUUCACUCGUCAUAUGGCGAAGGUGGUGAAGGCCAAAGGCCUAUUCUAUACCGAGACGGUACGUCUUCCAGAGACCCGGUGCAGUGAUGACGGAGUUCCAUUACUGAGACGGUAG